CCGCUUGUCACCAAAAGGCCGCUUAUAAUCCACCGUUUGAAAGACCAAUGCCCAGUAUGCGUACAGUAUAGCUUCAAUUCAGAUUCAUAUAGCUUCUAAUAAGCUAAAUUUCUCGUAUGAUUGCCCAAAUCCUCUUGAAACACCCUCAGCAUACCUACACCGGAGACGGGGGUGGCGUAUACGCAGCACACAAGUCACACAGCGUCUCAAUACGUGCUCUCACGGUAAUGGCAUCAGGACACUGGGAUAGAGUUCCAAUAUCGCAAGGCGUCCAUCCCUUGGCUGCAAAGUGGUCGCAUUUAGUGUAAUGCCAGCACAAGAAUUCGCACAUGGUGUCUGUCAGCCAGGUGCUCAAUACAAUAGCCAAAAAGGAAUGUUCUUCCUUUUCCUUUUUAAUCGGAUUCAACUAAUAGGGUCAUAAAAAUUGCUUUAUAUUAAAUCUAGAAUUAUUCCGGGAACAAGGCGGUAUAUAUGCCCAUCUAGCUGGUGCUACCAUUCACUCCAAAACACCACUCCACCGCCAUCACCACUCGUGUUGACCUUGCACAAACCACCGUUCACAAACACUCUUCUGAAAUUGCAGGACUCACCCCAGCCAAUCAACAUGGUUCGCUAGCAAUGACCAGCCCGCCAACCCUUCUGCCUUGUGCCUCACCAGUCGCACUGCUCAACCGCCUUCUCGCACAGCACAAGUUCCCCACGACCAUUGUCGUGUGCUGUUCACGGCAAGACUUCAUCGACUCGCUCGUCUCCGACGCUAGAUUCAACGCAGAUGCAUCCGCGCGUGAUACUCUCCUCACAAAAACGUCUGCACAAGUCAGCACGUCGCGCCAUACGCGCACAGUCUUUGCGCCAACAGUGUCGCAUCUGCGCGCGGCGCUCACGACACUCUGUCCAUCGGAGACGGUAAAAGCCCCGCCCAAUGAGGACGAUAAUCCAGCCAAGGAGGAACCGUUGCUCGUUGUUUACGGGUUUGUCGAUGUCCACCGGGAGAGCGCCGAGUGGUCUGCGCAGGGAGCCAGUACCUCUGCGGCGGCCGUGGUCGAAGCAGCUGCAAGGAACGGCCUCCGCGCUGCAAUCGUCGAACCGAGUCCAGGGAGCUAUGAUGAAGUCAUGCCGCUGCUGGCAGGGACUAUGCAGCGCGAUGAUGGCGGGUGGAAUGGACGCUGUGUGACGGUGAGGACUGUCCUCGCCAGAUGGUUCACCGAAGAACGGGAAGCACCAGGCUCUUCAUAGAUACUAGGCCCGGGCAAUCAUCACGUUACGACUGUACAGAAUAAUGAGUCAUGCACAGCAUUUACUAUAAUACAUAUAC